CAGAAAACAUCACAGCCCUGCCAAUACCUUGAUUGGAGCCCAGAAAAACGUCCAAUCCACAGAACGGUCAAACUUCAAGUGAAGGCCGGCCUUCGAGCGACAGCGACGCAAGAUGGCAGCCAGCACGGGCUCGGGAGUAAAAGUGGAUCGCUAUUUUAAACUGUUGGAAGAACUGGAAGAAGGCCACAAGGGAGGAGAUGGCACAAUUAGUUGGGGUGUAGAAGAUGACAGAGACAUGACACUUACAAGAUGGACAGCGCUGAUAAUUGGGCCUCCGAGAACAGUUUAUGAAGACCGCGUAUACAGCCUUAAAAUAGAAUGUGGACCUAACUACCCUGAAGUACCCCCCGUUGUAAGAUUUGUAACAAAAAUUAAUAUGGAUGGAGUUAAUAGUUCUAAUGGAGCGGUGGACCCAAAGGCCGUAUUAGUGCUAGAGAAAUGGAAUCGUGCAUAUAGUAUCAAACAUGUCCUGCACGAGCUUCAGCACCUAAUGAUGACUAGUGAAAAUAUGUCACUCCCUCAGCCACCUGAAGGACAGUGUUACAGCAACUAAUCAGAAAGAAAACCACAGGCCC